AUGGGUGGUAGCGGCAAUAAGAUAAUGGAGGGGUCGGGCAGUAGUGGUGGUAGAGGUCGAUGUUACCCAACAAUAUCAGUGGUGGUGGGGACAAUACUAAUGUCAGCGAUGGUGGCAUUAGUAAAGGUGGUGGGCGUCAUUGGUAGAGGUGGUAGCGACGGUGACAGUGGAGGUGGUAGUUCGAGUGGUGGUGUUAGCUUCAAUAGUGGUGGCAAGAUUGGUGAAGGUGGCUGUGGUGGUGAUGAAGGUGGUGGUGGUGGAUGCUACCAAGUGGCAUCGUGGGACAACAACAAUGGUAGCAAUGGUGGUAUUGAUGGCUGUGGCAGCGACGAUAGUGGUGGAGGUGGUCGUGGAGGCAGUGGUAGAGGUGGAAGUAACAGUGGCGAUGGAGAUGGCAGCAGUAGAGAUGAUGGCGACGAUGGAGGUGGAAAUGGUCGUGUUGGCGGUGGUGGAGGUUGA